CAUUCACAUUUACAGGAAUGGAAUCGCCUGUGGACGUUAGCAGUAAAAAAAAUCAGUCGGACGCGGAGGACAAGUCCGACAAGGAGAAUUUCUUGUGGACUUACACUGAUGAGCCGCAUCGGACGCGUCGCAUGGAAAUUAUACGCGCUCAUCCAGAGAUUACCAAGCUCAAUGGCCCUGAACCAUUGACAAAGUGGGUUGUUCUCACCGUUUUUGCUAUACAAAUGCUCUGCUGUUACCUUUUGUCUAAUACAUCUAUAUUCAAUUGGAAGUUUAUUGCGACAGCAUACUUUGUCGGAGGAUUUUGCAGCCAAAACCUAUUCUUAGCUGUUCACGAGCUUAGUCACAAUCUUGGUUUCAAAGAACCCUGGAAAAACCGCUUGUUUAGCAUAAUCACCAAUCUUCCGGUUGGAGUGCCUUUUUGUGCAAGUUUCCGUCCUUACCAUUUGGAACAUCAUGUCUAUCAGGGUGUAGACGGAAUUGAUACGGAUCUUCCCACUAUUUUUGAGCUUAAGGUUUUAAACAACACUCUAGGAAAGCUUUUUUUCUGUACCUUUCAAAUUUUGUUUUACGCCCUUCGCCCACUUUUUGUUCGUCGCCUGCCCUUUACGUCAAUGCAUCUCUUGAACAUUGUCGCACAAGUCGCUUUUGAUUAUAUUCUUAUUCGUGCCCUCGGGUAUCGAAGCUUUGUUUACUUGUUUAUGAGCUCCUUCUUAGCUGGCAGCUUACAUCCAACUGCUGGUCAUUUUUUGAGUGAGCAUUAUAACAUGACGCAUACCAAGCGUAUCGCCACUGGACCCGACAUGGGAAAACUAUUGGAAACGUUUAGUUAUUAUGGACCAUUAAAUCCACUUGUCUAUAAUGCUGGCUAUCAUAUUGAGCACCAUGACUUCCCCUACGUUCCGUGGACUCGUAUUGCUAAAGUUCGCGCAACAGCACCGGAGUUCUACGACGAGAUCCCCGAGUGUAAAAGCUGGAUUGGUAUUAUUUACCAAUUUAUCACCGACCCCAAUGUCGGCAUGUGGUGUCGAGUAAAACGUCUCCGUUCGUCCGUUAAGACGAAGUAAACGGCUUUAUUAUAUUAUACCCACGGAACGCCUAAAUUUCGUUGUAUUCACUUGAGUCGCCGCCAUUCCUCUCGCAUAUCUGUUAGGGUUAUGCAACAGUUUUGUAUCAUUAUAAAAGGCGACGCGUUUCACAUUUCUCUUCUCACGAUUGACUAUUGUGUCUAUUUUGUACUUUUAAUAAGUUGUUUAUGUACACUUACUAUGGAAAGAUUCAAGAUGCUUUAAACCACUGUAUUUGGAAAUAAUAUUUUAUGUACCAACGGGCAAA